GUGCUCGAACAGUUCGCGCCGAGAGGCAGCGGAAGCUAAUUUCUCCCCUGCUUCCGCCUCGUGUGCCCGCUGAUAGCUGUUACGUUACGUCAUCAUUCGGUGCCGGAAGUAAUGCCCUGGUGCCUUGGAGACUGAAUACAGCUGGUGCAGUGGCGCCCGAGCGGGUGACAGGUGGAAGGUGGGGCAGCUUCGGGGAAGAUCCUUCGGCCGGUCCUCUGUUUUCACUCCCAUCCUUAGACCUCUUCUACCCCAGGCUCCCUCUAUAGCACGGUGUGGUGCGGUGGGAAGAGCCCUGGAUUGGAAUGAGAAGAGCUGGGGUUUAUGUGACACUGGGCGAGUCCCCUCGCUUGAGCUUCAGUGUCUUCCUCCGUAAAGUGAGGAGGUUUUAUUAGGGGGCCCGUAAGGGCCCUUGCAAGCCCUCACCCCGUGAUCGUAUGCUCUCAGGGUGUUUACCCACCAAACUCGGCCCCUUAGAGUGUCCCCGCCCCCCGGCAUGGAGCCACCCCCCGACGACUCCCAGGACUGGGAUGAGGACUCGGACCCAGAGACGGACCCGGACGCUCAAGCCCAGGAGUACAUCGACCGAGUUCUGGGCUCGCCCGGUCCGACACUCGCCCGCACGGUCCUGGCUCCCCCGCCCACGGUCAGCCCCCGGCCACCCCCCGCGGAGAUAUGUCGGGAGUCCAGGCGGUCUCCCGGCGGGGAGCCCGGCCUGGCCGCGUCUGGGCUGCUGGGCCUGCCCCUGGAGCUGAUCUUGGAGAUCUGCUCCUACCUCGAAGCCAGGCUGGUGCUGGGGGUCCUGCCCCUGGUGUGUCGGGCCCUCCGAGACAUCGUCCAGGACCAGGUCAUAUGGAAGAUCCGAGUGCAGAAGCUCCUGGGGGGGGCCUCCUACCCCGUAGUGGAAGAGGAGGACUUUGACUGGCCAGCUGCCUGCGUCGAAUUAGAGGAGCACUUGGCCCACUGGGCAGACGAUGGGCGCCGGGCCGAAUACUUCAGCUUGUCUGACGGCCACUUUGCCUCCAUCGACUCUGUGCUCCUGCUGCAGGGUGGGGCACUCUGUGUCUCUGGCUCCCGGGACCGAAACGUCAACUUAUGGGACUUAAGACAGCUUGGAGUAGAGCCAGGCAAGGUUCUGGUCAAGGCCCUGGGUACUCAGCGAAGUGGGACCCACAAGGGCUGGGUCUGGUCCCUGGCCGCCCAGGAGAACCGUGUCUGCUCCGGCUCCUGGGACAGCACCGUGAAGCUCUGGGAUAUGGAGGCUGACGGGCAGCAGUUUGGGGAGAUCAGGGGCAAGGCUGCAGUGCUCUGUCUCUCCUACCGUCCUGACAUCCUGGUGACUGGAACCUAUGAUAAGAAAGUGACUGUGUACGACCCCCGAGCGGGCCAGGCCCUGGUGAAGAGUCGAAGGCUGCACUCCAGUGCUGUGCUGGCCUUGUUGGCUGAUGACCAGUACAUCAUCUCGGGAAGUGAGGACCGGACCUUGGUGGUGUUUGAACGGCGGACCAACAGUGUGCUACAACGGCUGCAGCUGGAGUCCUACCUACUGUGCAUGUCCUACCGAGAGCCCCAGCUCUGGGCCGGGGACAACCAGGGCCUGCUCUAUGUGUUCGAGAAGCACGAAGGCCAGUUCAAGCACAUCAGGGUGUGUCUUUCGAUGUGGGGCAUAGGUCACAAAUCACUGGCAUUGAACAUUCCUUGGGGUCACUUUAUACCACAUCCACAGACAAGACCAUUCGGGUACAUGUGCCCACUGACCCACCACGAACCAUCUGUACCCGAAGCCACCACAAUGUUCUUAAUGGGGUCUGUGCGGAUGGCAAUAUGGUGGUGGCUGCAUCUGGGGGCCUGUCCUUGGAAGUGUGGCGGUUGAAGCCCUGAAGAAAUGGGGCGCCCAGACGACCGGCUCUGGCUGAGGCAUCCUGGGAUCUGUGCUGCUGUCCACACUUUCCCCAUCAUGGCCCCAGGCCCUGUUGUUGGGGACCACCCCAACUCUCCAGGUCACAGACCUGCUUCUGUGGUGCUAUCAGAGGCCCUGGCCAUUUUCUCUAGUGAAUGGGGUAAUAUCACUCCCACUGGGCAAGUUCCUGGCUCCUGAUGAGGGCCAAACCCCAUCACCCAGGGCCUGAAGAGCAUUGAGAGUCCUCCAGUGAGGGCUCAGUCUCAUUCCAUCCCCUCCCCUGCCUUCCC